GGCAACAUCAAAAACAUAUGGCUCACUGAUCUUUGCAGUUGAAUGGUUGUGAGAAGACCAGAACCAGAGGUACAUAGCGGAGAGAACCCAUACCGUCCUAAUACAGAACUUAAUUUUGAAGAAGGAAAGCCCUAAAGUUCACCACACUCACUGCUCAGGUAUGAACCCAUCUUCUCCGGUUGAUGAUAACUGUUGAAGUUAAGUUGUUUCUUUUGUUUUCACCAUUUUUGUGCUUCACAAAGGGUCAUAAAAAUUCAGUCUUGAAAUAGAGAUGACAUGCCUUAAAGUUCAAUUUUCAGUUCUUGGGUUCUCAUUUUCUUAGGAUAAAAUGCAAACUCUCAGCAUUUGGCCUUCAAAAAGUAACUUUUGGGUAGUACCCCAAUUGGAGUUGGAAGUGGAUGGUUCAUCUUGUAAUUUAAGUCCUAGGAGGAGGAGAAGGAAAAGAUGUGAUCUUGGUGAUUCCGUUUGUUACAGUAGAAAGUCUAGUCCCUUUUUGGUUUGGGCUUGUCGUAGGAGCCCUAAAUUUGAUUUGGAUUAUGGGGUUUUCUCUAAAUUCUCUAAACCUAGGGUUUAUCUGCUUUCGGAGCUAAAGAAGGGUUCUUUAAGCGCAUCUUUUGCCUUGGCAUGGGCACUAGAGGGACAAGCUGUCGGAAGUGAUGUCAGUGAAAAAGAUUCGAAUUCAUUAGAUGGAUUUUCAGGGGAAGUUGAGAGUGAGGAUGUUGAUUUGAAUGAUGUAAAAAGCAGAGAGUUAAAUGACAAUAAUGAUAAAAAAGAAGAAGAUAGCAAAACUGAGGAAGUAGGGGGAGAGAAGGGUAGAAGGGUUGAUGUCAUUGCGCUGGCUCGGAGCCUAUGGUUUGCCAAAACAGCUGAUGAUGUAGAAGAGGUUCUCAAGGACAGAAGUGAAUUGCCCCUUCAAGUUUGCUCAUCUAUGAUCAGAGGUUUUGGCAAAGACAAGAAACUACAUUCUGCCAUGGCUCUUGUUGAGUGGCUAAAACGAAAGAAGAGAGAUACUAACGGUUUAAUUGGCCCUAAUCUUUACAUAUAUAAUAGUCUUUUGGGUGCAGUGAAGCAAUCUGAAAAAUUUGAUGAAGCGGAGAAAAUCAUUGAGGAUAUGAUCAUUGAAGGAGUGCUCCCUAAUGUUGUAACUUACAACUCUCUAAUGGGAAUCUACCUAGAACAAGGGCGAGAAGUUGAGGCUCUUGAUCUUUUCGAAGAGAUACAAAAGAACGGUUUAACACCAUCUCCCGCGUCAUAUUCUACAACAUUGUUGGCCUAUCGAAGACUAGAAGAUGGAUUUGGUGCUUUGAAUUUCUAUAUCGAGUUAAAACAGAAGUAUCAAAAAGGUGAUAUAGGAAAAGACGCAGAUGAAGAUUGGCCAAAUGAGAUGGCUAAGCUUGAGAACUUCACAGUUCGAAUUUGCUACCAAGUGAUCCGGCGUUGGCUUGUGAAGGAUGAGAACUUGAGCACCAAUGUGUUGAAACUUCUUACGGAGAUGGACAAGGCUGGACUGAAAACUGGCCGGUCUGAACAUGAGCGCCUUGUGUGGGCUUGCACUCGUGAGGAACAUUACACAGUGGUAAGAGAAUUAUAUAGUAGGAUGAGAGAAAGGGAUUCUGGAAUAAGCUUAUCUGUCUGCAAUCAUGUGAUUUGGUUGAUGGGGAAGGCUAAGAAGUGGUGGGCAGCUCUGGAGGUUUAUGAGGAUUUGUUGGACAAAGGGCCUAAACCAAAUAACAUGUCAUAUGAACUGAUAGUUUCUCAUUUCAACAUUCUACUCACUGCGGCUAAGAAAAGAGGAAUUUGGAGAUGGGGUGUUAGGUUGCUCAACAAGAUGGAAGAAAAAGGCCUAAAACCAGGAAGUAGGGAAUGGAAUGCAGUUCUUGUAGCCUGUUCCAAGGCUUCAGAAACUUCUGCUGCUGUGCAGAUAUUUAGAAGAAUGGUGGAACAAGGUGAAAAGCCCACCAUUAUCUCCUAUGGGGCACUGCUUAGUGCUCUUGAAAAAGGGAAACUCUAUGAUGACGCCCUUCAGGUUUGGGAGCAUAUGAUUAGAAUGGGAGUUGAGCCAAACUUGUAUGCCUACACAAUUCUGGCUUCAAUUUAUGCUGCACAGGGAAAAUUUAAUAUGGUAGAUUCCAUUAUCCGGGAUAUGGUUUCAUCUGGGGUUGAACCAACUGUUGUCACGUUCAAUGCAAUUAUCAGUGGAUGUGCACGGAACAAUAUGGGAACUGCAGCAUAUGAAUGGUUUCACCAAAUGAAAGCUCACGGCAUCUUACCCAAUGAAAUUACUUAUGAGAUGCUGACUGGGGCUCUUGCAAAGGAUGGUAAGCCAAGAAUUGCCUAUGAGUUGUACUUGAGAGCUUACAACGAGGGCAUGAACCUCUCUUCAAAGGCUUAUGAUGCAGUCACACAAUCCUCACAGGAUUAUGGUGCUACCAUUGAUCUAAGCGCUCUAGGCCCUCGACCACCGGAGAAAAAGAAAGUAGUACGAAUUAGAAAGAACUUGUCUGAGUUCUGUAAUUUAGCUGAUGUUCCAAGAAGAAGUAAACCAUUUGACAAAAAUGAACUUUACACUCAGCAAACAGAACGAAAACUUUUCUGAGAACACCGUGCCAAGGAAGCUAAAAUCUUGACCUCAGCAGUUUUCUGACUUCUGAAGUUGUAAUAUUCUGAUUCUUUUAUCAGUUUGUUACCUCAACAUUAUUCUGAUUUCUGAACUCGUAAUAUUCUGUUUGCAACCAACCAGUGCAUACAAGAACUUGUUUUCAUGA